AUGCGCGUGCUGAGCAUUGACGUUGGUUACAAGAACCUGGCCCUGUGUCUCUUGGAAGACGGGCGGAUCGUCGACUGGGAGGUGAUCGACGCAGUGAAAGAGGACAAUGGGCGAACGACCUUGCCCAAGAAAGGAAACGACCCCGCCAUCAUCGGUAUGAUCACGAGGAGCCUCUGGAGCCGACGCGAAACCUUGCUCUCUGCAGACGUUGUGGUUAUUGAGAAGCAGCCCCCAAGAGCCCGGGUCAUGCGGGUGCUGGAAGGUGCGAUCCAGGCUUUCUUUCACACUUGCAUGCUGGCGGAAGCAACAUGCAAGGUGAAGGCGAUCGACUCGUUCAGCGCCAGAGACAAGUUCAAGGAGUAUGAACAGCGGUUGCAACUCAAGGGGAGGAAGCAAUACGCGGCUCGGAAGAAAGCAGCGGUUCAGCUCUGCAGGGAAUACCUCGAGAAGUCUGGGCAAGCUUCGGAGCGGUUUGACCAAGCCUGUGCCGUUUCCACCGUGCGCAGAGGCGGGAUCACCGGACGGGGCGUGGCGCUGGCGGGCGGGUCUGGCUCUGCAGCGACUAUCUUGCUGAAUCGGUUGAUCAGUUGCCGCCCCGGUUCCAUCCUCGGCGAGGGUCCAGCAUUCAAGGCCCUCCUGCUGGCUGCUCGGAUGUGCUCCAUUUACUGUAUUGUGGCUCUAAUUAUUACCAUUUGCACGCAAUGUGUCGCCUCCAUGACGUAA